AAAAGAUAUAAGUUUAUUUGUCAAAUAAACGUCAAAUUUUACAUUUGAUUGAUUUAUUUCUUGUAAAUUAUGUUUUAAUUUGUUAGAAAUUAAACAAUAAACCUUUAGGGAUUAAAAAUAAGAUGGAAUUAAUCAAAACCCCCAAAGUCGAAAAUGUUCGUAUGUUGGAUAGAUACUCCAAAGUACCCUCACAAGGUACUUUAUACAAUACAGCAACCCAUUUAAUUUUUGUAGACCCUGAUGCUAAAAAAGAAACAUGGAUCUUGCAUAUGCACAUAGCUUCUGUUGAAAAGCUACCCCUCACUACCACUGGUUCCCCUCUUCAUAUAAGAACAAAGACUUUUCAAUCUGUAACAUUUGUUAUACCAAGAGAAAGGGAUUGUCAUGAUGUUUAUUUAACAUUGCAGCAAUUGUCACGCCCUGGUAAUGUUCAAGAAUUGUAUUGUUUUAACUACAAACCUCCAGCAGAUGAAUUACAAAACAAAACUUCUGGAUGGAACUAUUUUGACUUUCAAAAUGAGUACCACAGAAUGGGAGUUCCAAAUGAUCAAUGGGUCUUGUCUACAUUAAAUAAGGAAUAUGAGUUGUGCGACACGUAUCCCAGGCAUCUAUACGUGCCGGCUUCGGCAAGCACAUCGACUCUAAUCGGCAGUUCUCGCUUUAGAUCGAAAGGCCGCCUGCCAGUAUUGUCAUAUUUGCACUACAACAAAGCCAGCAUUAGCAGAUGCAGCCAACCGUUAUCAGGAUUCAGCGCACGUUGCUUGGAAGACGAGAAAAUGUUGAAUCACGUAUUAAAAACUAAUCCGAACGCAACGUUUAUGUAUGUGGUUGAUACAAGACCAAAGAUUAAUGCAAUGGCUAAUAGAGCCGCCGGAAAGGGCUAUGAAAAUGAGGCAUUUUAUGAGAAUAUCAAAUUUCAUUUUCUUGGCGUCGAAAAUAUCCAUGCUAUGAGGAACAGCCUUUCUAAAGUAACAGAAACUUGCGAACAAAGAAAUCCGACAAUGAACAGCUUUUUAAGUGGCUUAGAGUCCAGUAGUUGGUUAAGACACAUAAAAUCCAUUUUGGACACUUCCCAAUUUAUAGCUGAGGCUUUGGAAGAAGGGAUUAGUGUGGUUGUGCAUUGCUCAGAUGGUUGGGACAGAACCGCUCAAGUGUGCUCAUUGUCUUCUUUAUUAGUUGACCCGUUUUAUAGAACUCUUACAGGAUAUCAGUCAUUAGUUGAAAAAGAUUGGUUGGCAUUUGGUCACAAAUUCUCAGAGCGUUGUGGCCACAUUCAAACGGACAGCAAGGAGAUAUCUCCAAUUUUUACGCAACUUCUGGACGCGACUUGGCAACUGAUGCAACAAUUUCCAUGCUCAUUUCAGUUUAAUGAGUCGUUUUUGUUAACAUUACACGAUCAUCUGCAUUCCUGCCAAUUUGGCACAUUUAUUGGCAACUGUGAAAAAGAUAGAUUAGAUUUAAGAUUGAAUGAUAGAACGUUUUCUUUGUGGGGCUACAUGGCUAAGCAUUUAAGUGAAUAUAUUAACCCAUUGUAUGAAGAGGAUUCCAAAGACAAAAUAUUAAUACCAAAUUUAAGUCCGCAAAAUAUUAAAUUUUGGAGGGGAAUGUACUGUAGAUUUGAAAGUGGGGUUCACCCUAGAGAGCCGCAAGCUGAUCUUUUACUAGCAACCAGAGACCACAGCUUUUCCCUAGACGAUCAUAUAAAAUAUUUAACAAAGCACAUUUAUUCAGUAAAAUCGCUUAUCACGGGCAGUAAAGAAAAGAAAAAAAACAAAAUUAGUAAGGAACAAUUGUGCAAUAACGUCUACUUAGACAACAAACUUCUAUACGAAAAAACCCAAAGAGAAUCAGCUGAUCACGAUCAUCCGCUACAAAAUACCAACAAGGAAGAAAGCGAAAGUGCCGCCUCCCAAGAAGUUUCCAGUGAAGAGUUAACCAAGAGAUUUGAGUCGGUUGCUAUUGACUGGAAACCUCUAAGAAACACACAUGAGUGUAGCUGUUCUUCAUCAUUUGACCAUCUAAGUAAAAAGAGUCAUUGCAGAAAAUGUGGGGACAUAUUCUGCAUGCGCUGCAUCAUAAAGCAGAUCCCUCUUCCAGGUCACGUCACCCAAAAGGCUGUGCCAGUCUGUAAGCCUUGCUAUGACAUACUUAGCAACACUGUUGAGUAAAAGCAAAUAGCACAAGAAAUAGCACAAGUAGAUCUGUUGUGAUUUUAUCUUUAUUUUUUAAUUUGAUCACGUUUUAUGUGAUAUACUUUUAUUUAUGUUAAAUAUUAUUCUUCCUUAAUUUCUUAUAUGGUCAAGAUGUUAUAUCUGUUAAAAUUUUAAAUUAUUUUUAUAA